AUGACUCCUAGUAUCACUUCAAGCGCAACCCAGUCAUACCCUCCAAGGAUGACAGUGGCCGAGAAGAAAGAAGCGAGCGAAUUGAGAAAGACUCUCAAGCCCUUGAUGGAAAAGAAAAGGCGCGCGCGCAUCAACGAGAGCCUGGACCACCUGAAGACUCUCAUCCUCCCUCUAAUCGGAAAAGAUAAUUCACGGUACUCCAAAUUCGAGAAAGCUGAUAUUCUCGAGAUGACCGUACGGUUCCUUAGAGACAUAUCCACUGCUCCUGUAAAAAGUUCAUCUGACAGUUACAAAGAGGGGUACAAGGCCUGUCUCCAGCGCGUCUCUACCCUGCUCCCCAAAACCAACCUCCUCGACAAAGACACCUGCCUGCGCGUGGACCAGUACAUCCAGCAGGCCAUGUCAGCGGCGGACACCCCCGCCUGUCACAACUGCUGCGCCCAGAACUCCCGCGCGUUUCCGCCGAACCAGAGAGUCCCGAGUUUCAAGGCCAGCGGCAGUCCCAGAACCGAAACCCACCCCAGCAACAACUCUCGACCACGCCAGCCAGCGCCACCCGCCCUCAGCGCCAAUAUGUGGCGGCCGUGGUAG